AUGACUACCAGAAUGCUACAAUUCAUUGGAGCCGAACUGUCGCCAUAUACAGCCAAAGUAAGAGCAUAUCUUCGCUAUAAGAAGAUUCCGUUUGAACCAGUUCAAUGUACGCUAGAGGUAAUGCAGAAAGUGGUGAAACCGGGCAUUGGAUGGAGUGUUGUACCCGUUGUGGUGACGCCAGAUAACAAAUUCAUACAAGACUCCACAGAUAUCAUAAAUAACUUAGAGAAACAACAUCCAACCCCGUCAAUAUAUCCCAAGACACCGCGACAGAGACUUGUUAGUCUUUUACUGGAACUCUACGCUGAUGAGUGGUUGUUUAUCACCGCAAUGCAUUAUAGGUGGAACUUCAAUGAAAAUUCAAAAUUCUUGAAUGUAGAAUUUGGGAAAAACUCAUUUCCAGGGGAGCCUGCUGACAUCCAGGAAGAACGAGGACGAAGAGUGUAUUCACGAUUCAAACAAAUGUGUCCCUUUAUCGGCAUCAAUGAGGAAACCAUACCUGAAUUAGAAAAAGGUUAUAUUAAACUACUAGAUGUCUUAUCAGUUCAUCUCGAUAAGUACCCAUACCUGCUGGGAUACCAACCCUCCAUUGCUGACUUUGCUGUGUUCGGCCAAUUAUAUGCAAUAUUUUUCAGAGAUCCAGCACCAGGUUUAAUUAUGAAAACAAGAGCUCCUGUUGUGGCAGCAUGGGUUGAAACCAUGAAUCAAUUUACAACAGAAAGUAGACAGUAUAACCAUACAGUUGUUGACGGCCGGAUAGUGAAACAAGAACCGGAGCACACUGACUUCUUGCCAGAUGACGAAGUGCCUGAAACGCUCAAUCAUAUUCUCGAUACUAUGUUUACCAAUCAAGGAGCAGUGUUGAUUGACACAGCCAAUGAAUUGACCAAUUACUUGAAGGAGAAUCCCGAGGAAGAUGAUAUUCCCAGGCAGAUUGGAAUGCACACUUUCCAUAUCAACAGUGCAUCAAGCAAGCGAGCUAUAUUCCCCUACCCUAUCUGGAUGUUACAAGGCAUAACAGACUAUUAUCAUGGACUGUCUUCAAUCGAUAAAUCAAGCGUAGAUAGAUUUUUAGACAAGUUCAAAGGCGGAAGAGAAUUGUUGAAUGUAGAUCUGAGUCAGUGUCGAGUGGAGCGAACCAAUGUUCAUUUACACAGGGCUAUCGCAAAUGCCAAAUUGUGA